AUGGUGAACAAACAGACACCAACGGACAUUGAUAUCUUUCGGAUUUUGACGGGUGUCACCCCCUGGGAGGAAAUAUCGGCACUUCCCUCGACGUAUUCGUCCAACUCUUUCACGAAGCGUCUACUGAGCUGGGGUGUCGAAAGUAGAGGCAUAUCCCCCGUCCCAUCUUCCCAAAGAACCGAUACUUCCUACUACAAACUCUUCUUCAUAUGGUUCACGAUGAAUUUUAACAUACUAUCCUUCUCUGCUGGGACUCUCGGUCCUGUGGCGUAUGGGUUGGGGAUCAGGGAAUCAUGUCUGGUGAUCUUGUUUUUCAAUGCACUGUGUUGUGCGCCUCCGGCAUAUUUUGCAACAUGGGGUCCGAAAUUGGGAAUGAGACAGAUGGUGCAGGCGAGGUUCUCUUUUGGAUAUUACGGUGUCAUCCUCGUCUGCAUCCUCAACCUCAUCGUGAUGACUGGUUUUUGUAUCUUAAAUGCUAUUCUAGGUGGACAAACACUUGCCAGUGUGGCUGACGGGAAUCUUACUUGGAAUGCAGGUAUCGUAAUCGUCGUGAUUAUUUCCCUAGCUUUAUCGUUCUGCGGGUACUCGAUACUCACUUGGUAUGAACGCAUCGCCUGGUUCCCCGUCCUUGUCGUUUACCUCGUUGCCCUCGGUCUCGGCGGAAAAUACCUCAACGACAUCCCCGCCUCUGCCCCAGCCAGCACAGCGACCGCACCGACAAUACUAUCCUUCGCGUCGACCAUAGCGGGGUUCGUAAUAACAUAUUCACCUCUGGCGUCGGAUUUCACCAUUUAUUUCAAGCCGAGUGUGUCGAGUACUAAAAUCCUCCUAUACACAUACCUGGGUCUCUUUAUCCCGGUUGUAUCCGUUCAAUGCUUAGGUGCAGCGUUCUCUGCUGUCGCGCUCUCUCCUACUUUGCCCCCAUCCUCCGUUCCAGCCACCUGGGCCCAAUCUUAUUCCUCCUCAUCGGUUGGCGGACUUCUCCAAUCUAUCCUUUCCCCCGCCGGACGCUUUGGUGAUUUCCUGACGGUGCUAUUGAGUUUAAGCGUGGCAGGGAAUAUCGCGGCUACGUUUUAUUCGAUAGGAUUUAACAUCCAGUUAGCGAUGCCGGUGUUGAUCGUGGUGCCGAGAUAUGUGUUUUCAGUGGUUAUUACUGCUAUUGUCCUCCCAUUAGCAAUCGUCGGCUCACAUACAUUCUAUGACACGCUCGAGGAUUUUCUCGGACUAAUUGGUUACUGGUGCUCGGCCUUCAUUGCCAUUCUCCUCGUCGAACACUUUGUCUUUCGGAGACGUUACUCCUCCCAAAACCCCUCACAUACCAACACCGACAACCAAAAUGAACCCCUCACUGAUUGGGCCAGGUUCUACCCCCCAACGCACUGGAAUGCUCCUUCGUUACUUCCAUCCGGUAUCAGCGCAAUCGCAGCUGGAAUUAUCUGUUUUGGUCUCGUCGUUCCCUCUAUGGCGCAGAUUUGGUUCACAGGGCCGAUUGCGGAGAAAACGGGUGAUAUUGGGUUUGAGUUGGCGUUUGUGUUUGCAGGGGUGGUGUAUACAUGCCUGAGGGGGGUGGAGGUGAAGUGGAAGGGGAGGUUGUAG